AUGUCAGCUACAAUUAAGCUGAAGACUUUGCAAAGUUACAUGCAGGAUUUGAAAGGGUUUUCAGAACCAAAAAUUGAAUUAGAGCAGUAUGAGACCCCACCUCAUAUUGCAGCAAUAGCUAUUUAUACUAUACAGACACAAUUUGAAAGUAUUGAGGACAAAUUAGUCCUAGAUGCUGGUUGCGGACCUGGGUCUUUAACUGUUGGAGCGGCAUUAAUGGGUGCCGCGGCCGUCACUGCAGUUGACAUAGACUGUGAUGCACUGGAAGUGUUUCGGCACAAUGCUGAUGAAAUGGAAAUAACUAAUGUUGAUGCUGUCCAAUGUGAUUUUUUGGAAUCGAAUUUUUGCAGAUUAAAUAAUUAUUAUGACACAGUCAUUAUGAAUCCACCAUUUGGGACAAAAAACAAUGCCGGAAUUGACAUGAAAUUUCUUCGUAAAGGACUAGAACUAUGCAAUGACAGUGUUUACUCACUGCAUAAAUCUUCAACUAGGUCACACAUACAGAAGAAAAUUAAAGAGUGGGGAGUGAAAGGAAAUGUGAUUGCUGAACUACGUUACGAUCUGCCUGCAACAUAUAAGUUUCAUCGACAACAAUCCAGAGACAUUGCUGUGGAUUUGUGGCGAAUAUAUCAUCCUCAAUCAUGAUAAAUGUAACAUUUUAAGAAUUUUUAAUUAUUUAAAACAAUAUAUAAAAUUAAAAAAUAUAUUACUGUACACCAAUGUGA